UCGACGGCUAGUAUCUGGGGAGCUUAUUUUCUCUUCUCCUUUCUCCCUUCCCUCCUUUUCUUCUUCUUCCUCUUCCUCUUCUUCAUUCAUGAUUAAAGAUAGUUGGAGAGGUUUGGUGCAGGUGGAGAGGGCUCCAUAGGCUACAUAGGGGUAGGGGCUCCAGCCCCUGCACCCCCUUAUGGUCCUUUAAGUUCUAUUAAGCCAUAUAUUAUCUUUUUUCCUUUUUUCAGUUUUUACCUUCUAUUAUGUUGUCUCCUAAGAAGUUUUUGUUUGAUAAAUAUUUCAUUAAAAUUGUGCUAAAAAGUUUCUCAAGAAGUAGUAUAGUGAACUUAUGUGUAAAAGUUGUAUGAGAAGUCUUCCUCUCGUAAUAUUAUCAUGUAAUAAGUCAUGCUAAAAAAUGUUCUCUGAUAAGUUUUCUCAAAAAAGUUAUACAUGUAAGUUGUACAUAUCAUGAAAAGUUAUGCUAAAAAAUAUUCUCUAAAUAGUUGGUUGGAAGAAGUUAUGCGUAAAAGCUUUAUCUAUUACGAAGUUGUGCUGAAAAAGUAUGCCUUGAGAAUCUGUUUGGGAAAAAAAAUAUGUGCAAAACUACAUAACUGCGCAAAAAUUAUGUGCAAAACUACAUAACUGCGGAGAAGGAAAAAAUCGCGUGCUGUCGGAGAUCGCUCGCUAGCAGCCCUCCUGGCGAGCGAGCGCGGAUUAGAAAACCUCCAAAAUACAUGUUCUUGUUCAGAUCUUGGCCCAAAAAAAAGAUCCAGAUCUUGGCAGGAUGCAAGCCUUUUGCAUGCGUUAGUUGCUGUGCGUUCAUGGUGUGUAGCGACUGUAGUUAAUCUCCUCGGAAAUAAAGGACAUCAACCAAACAUAACCAUUUAACCAUGCAUGGGGCCUUGUACCUUCUUCACCAGUGCAGCUUGUGACUCGCGGCCACUUUGUGUAGUACUCUGUCACUAAUACUUUGUAGUAGUAGUGAGUGAAGUGACACCACACCACACGCACAGCAAAGGAAAGGUACGGUGCAACGUCCUAUCCAUCUGAUUCUGUGCUCGAGCCUCUCAUCGGCCCUUCACAUAUCUCUCUCUCUCUCUCUCUCUCUCUCGAUCAUCACUCGUCAGGUGCAUGCCGUCUCCUCACUGAUCCUCGAGUUGGGUACAAACAAUCAGUAAAGAAUAGCUAGCUAGAGAGUCACAAAAGCCCUUUGGCGCCGCUUAGCUUGCUCCCGAAAGCUCUUUUGUUGCAACAUUAGUGAGUCAUUAACGCACUAACCCGGCCAGCAGCCCCUCGCCUAAUCGCGUGGCCCUACGCUAAUUGGAUCAUCACCGGCGAUGCGAUCAUCUAUCUUAUCUCCUCCAGAUUUUCCACACGUGGCGGGCCCCUGCCACCUCAUCCCACUCCUCCCCGUCUUCUCCGGCCGGGGCCCCUGUCUGCCCCGCUCUUCCGGGCCCCGCCUGGCGGUGGGUGGUGGCGGCACCGCUCGCCUCGCCGCUAUUUAAGAUCCAGGCAUCCAGCAGAGAGUGUGAGCAAGGGCAAGGCAUACUCCUCUCCUCUCCACUCCACUCCUGCAGUCCACUCGCAGCUAGCUAGCUAGCCAUGGAUCCCACCAAGUUCCGUCCGUCGAGCGGGCACGACGGCAGCGUGACGACGACCAACGCCGGCGCUCCGGUGUGGAACGACAACGAGGCUCUGACGGUGGGCUCCCGCGGCCCCAUCCUGCUGGAGGACUACCACCUGAUCGAGAAGGUGGCCCACUUCGCCCGCGAGCGCAUCCCGGAGCGCGUCGUCCACGCGCGCGGCGCCUCCGCCAAGGGCUUCUUCGAGUGCACCCACGACGUGUCGUCCCUGACCUGCGCCGACUUCCUCCGCGCCCCCGGGGUGCGCACCCCGGUGAUCGUGCGCUUCUCGACGGUGAUCCACGAGCGCGGCAGCCCGGAGACGAUCCGCGACCCGCGCGGGUUCGCCGUCAAGUUCUACACGCGCGAGGGCAACUGGGACCUGCUGGGCAACAACUUCCCCGUCUUCUUCAUCCGCGACGGCAUCAAGUUCCCCGACGUGAUCCACGCCUUCAAGCCCAACCCGCGGUCGCACGUGCAGGAGUACUGGCGGGUGUUCGACUUCCUCUCGCACCACCCGGAGAGCCUCCACACCUUCUUCUUCCUCUUCGACGACGUGGGCGUGCCGGCGGACUACCGCCACAUGGAGGGCUUCGGCGUCAACACCUACACCUUCGUGAACGCCGCCGGGAAGGCGAGCUACGUCAAGUUCCACUGGAAGCCCACCUGCGGGGUGCGGUGCAUCCUGACUGACGAGGAGGCGGCGCUGGUGGGCGGGCGCAACCACAGCCACGCGACGCAGGACCUGUACGACUCCAUCGCCGCCGGGAGCUUCCCGGAGUGGCAGCUGCUGGUGCAGGUGAUGGACCCGGACACGGAGGAGCGGUACGACUUCGACCCGCUGGACGACACCAAGACGUGGCCCGAGGACCUCCUGCCGCUGCGGCCGGUGGGGCGGCUGGUGCUGGACCGGAACGUGGACAACUUCUUCAACGAGAACGAGCAGCUGGCGUUCGGGCCGGGGCUGGUGGUGCCCGGGAUCUACUACUCGGACGACAAGAUGCUGCAGUGCCGGGUGUUCGCGUACGCCGACACGCAGCGCUACCGGCUGGGACCGAACUACCUGAUGCUCCCCGUGAACGCGCCGCGGUGCGCGCACCACAACAACCACUACGACGGCGCCAUGAACUUCAUGCACCGGGACGAGGAGGUGGACUACUACCCGUCGAGGCACGCGCCGCUGCGCCAGGCGCCGCCGGUGCCGGUGCCGGCGAGGCCGCUGGCGGGGAGGAGGGAGAAGGCCACCAUCAGGAAGCCCAACGACUUCCAGCAGCCCGGGGAGAGGUACCGGUCCUGGGACGCCGACAGGCAGGAGAGGUUCGUGAGGAGGUUCGCGGACCAGCUGGGGCACCCCAAGGUCAGCCAGGAGCUGAGAUCCAUCUGGAUCGACCUGCUGUCAAAGUGCGACGCGUCGCUGGGGAGUAAGAUCGCCACCCGCCUGAACGUCAAGCCAAGCAUGUGAUGGAUCUGCAGACAAAGACGACGUACGAGUUGUUGUUGCUGUUGUUGAGUCCGUUCUCUCCUCUCCUCUCCUCUGAUCCUCUCUCCUCUCCUUAGUCCUUAUCGAGAGCAAUAAGACAGACGACGACGAUACGAGCUGAGCCAGCAGCAGGACACGAGAUACGAGUUGUUGUUGUGUGUCGUUGCUGCUUACGACGUCGUCGUUAAUGUGUCAGUAGUCAAGUUUGUUUAAUUUGUAGCAAGCAAGUCAGCCGAAAUGAUUCAGCUGUAGUAAGUAUGUCACGCAUGCAUGCUAUGCUACUAUACCUGAAUGUGUAUCGACGAGUUACAUCACAUUAUUACUACACUACUCUUAUAUA